AUGCACAAUCUGUUCGCUGUAGUCGCAAAGGACACCGCCCUGAGAGCCAGGAGCAGGGCCGAGGGCUGCGGGAGGGCCGAGGGCUGCGGGGGGGCCGAGGGCUGCGGGAGGGCCGAGGGCUGCGGGGGGGCCGAGGGCUGCGGGAGGGCCGAGGGCUGCGGGAGGGCCGAGGGCUGCGGGAGGGCCGAGGGCUGCGGGAGGGCCGAGGGCUGCGGGGGGGCCGAGGGCUGCGGGAGGGCCGGGGGCUGCGGGAGGGCCGAGGGCUGCGGGCGGGCCGAGGGCUGCGGGAGGGCCGAGGGCUGCGGGGGGGCCGAGGGCUGCGGGGGGGCCGAGGGCUGCGGGAGGGCCGAGGGCUGCGGGAGGGCCGAGGGCUGCGGGGGGGCCGAGGGCUGCGGGAGGGCCGAGGGCUGCGGGAGGGCCGAGGGCUGCGGGGGGGCCGAGGGCUGCGGGGGGGCCGAGGGUUGCGGGGGGGCCGAGGGCUGCGGGGGGGCCGAGGGCUGCGGGGGGGCCGAGGGCAUCGGGGGGGCCGAGGGCUGCGGGGGGGCCGAGGGCUGCGGGGGGGCCGAGGGCAUCGGGGGGGCCGAGGGCUGCGGGGGGGCCGAGGGCUGCGGGGGGGGGGGCCGAGGGCCGCAGCAAAAUAGGGGGGAGUGGAUGAUGGCUCACCACGUUCAAGCAGCCUUUGCCAACCUCCGCCCGCGAUCUCCUUGGAGAAGAAUGAUCCCUAUGGUACGGGUGCUCUGGGUGCGAUGGAGUGUGGCCCGCCUCAGCCCUGUCACUUUGAUAGAGUGA